AUGAAUAUACAUUCCGGGAAUCAAUACUUCGCUCCAGCCAUCAGGCUGCGUUGGGUGGAUCAGUUAUCCAAUCACCCAUCGACAAGAUCUCCCCAAAUGGGAGGAAAACGUUUGCAAACCGACUGCCAAACUCAACAAACAGGUCAGCCGCCACUUGAUCAACAACAAAAACUGGAAGUUGAACUAGGAUUCGUCACUCUCUUAGUCGCUAGGCGAUUUGUGCACCCCCUACCAGCUGCAGGAAGUUAUGGAAAUGGUUCUGGACUAGAGUAUGGUCGGCAUCUACACAUAUUAUCCAGAAGCAAUGAAAGUCAUUUGUCCACCACCUCGGCAACUGAUGGUGGCGUUAUCAAUUUGAAUCAAAUUAUUGAAGGGAAUCACGUCGUCGGACAACUACGGGCCCGUGGUGAUUCGUCCGUGGUACCUGCAAUGGAGGAAGAGAGAAAGGGAGGGGCACGUGUAAGGUCAUAUGAGGAACGGGCAAGCAGAUACAUUCGAGUCUCAAAUGCGUUACAAAAGUUAAAACUGAAAAGCACGCCAGUAAAAUGA